GAAUUUCUCUUUAUUGUACAAUUGUAUAACUAACAGUAGAGGGCAGCGAUACGCCAUUACAGCGGCUAGUCUGCCAAACCUUAAAAAGAAGAAGACUUGGUUUUAAACACUACGAGCAAGCGGGAGUGUGUGUGUGUGUGUGACUGGACAGGAUUCAAUCAUCACAGCAGUGUUGUGGUGUCCCAAUGGCGACAGACAUUGUUGCGCAGUUGGCCGACUCUCUGGCUAAGGCUGCAGUAGAGGAAGGAGAGCUGAGCUACAAAGGCCAGGGAAGAAAGCUGGAUGAUGCCCAAUCAGUGGAGGAGAUGGUUAAGGAAAUCCAGGACUUUGAGGAUUUACAGGCUCUGAGGUUGGAGGGAAACACUAUAGGUGUGGCAGCAGCACAGGCCAUUGCCAAGGCCCUAGAAACAAAGAGCAAGUUCAAGCGCUGCUAUUGGAGUGACAUGUUUACCGGUCGCCUGCGCUCUGAGAUCCCACCUGCCCUGAAUUCACUGGGUGACGCUCUGAUGCUGGCGGGUGCCAGGCUCACUGUUAUAGACCUCAGUGACAACGCCUUUGGACCAGAUGGGGUGAAGGGCAUCGAGAAGUUGCUCAAGAGCACGGCCUGCUACACAUUGCAGGAGCUACGGCUCAAUAACUGUGGCAUGGGCAUUGGAGGGGGGAAGAUCUUGGCUGCUUCAUUGACCCAGUGCCAUAAAAAGUCCAGUGCAGAGGGCGCCCCCCUCGGCCUGAAGGUGUUUGUUGCAGGGAGGAACCGUCUGGAGAACGAUGGAGCCACUGCCCUCGCUCAAGCCUUCCAGUUGAUGGGCAGCCUGGAGGAGGUUCACAUGCCCCAGAAUGGCAUCAAUCAUCCUGGUGUGACAGCUCUGGCCACAGCCGUGCAGCACAACGCAGGCCUCCGCAUCCUCAACCUCAACGACAACACCUUCACUGAGAAGGGGGCUAUCGCCAUGGCUCAGGCCCUGAAGCACCUACGCAGCAUCCAGGUGAUCAACUUUGGCGACUGUCUGGUGCGACCAGCAGGAGCCAUGGCUAUUGCAGAAACUGUAUCAGAGGGAUUACCAAUCCUCAAGGAACUCAAUCUGUCAUUUGGCGAGAUUACAGAGGAAGCUGCUCUGGCUGUGGCACAAGCAGUAAAGGACCGGGACCAGCUGGAGAAACUGGACCUAAAUGGUAACUGUCUAGGAGAGGAUGGCUGCAAAGCUCUGAAAGAUGCCAUGGAAGGCAUGAACAUUGGCAAGCUUCUAGGAUCACUCAGUGACGACGAGGGUGAGCCAGAGGAUGACUACGAGGACGAAGAUGAGGAAGAGGACGAAGAUGACGAGGAUGUGGAUGAGGAGGAACUAGUGGAGGAAGAGGAAGAAGAGGAGGAAGAGGAAAGCAAUGACGUCAAGCUGUCCACCCCUGUAUCAGCACCACGGCCGCCAGACGUCUCCUCCUUCCUCAGCUUUCCGUCCCCAGACAAACUGCUCAAACUGGGGGCCAAGAGGGCGUUGCUGAUCGAGCAGCAGGUGGACGUGUCAGAUGCUACAAAAACAGCCGAAGCCUUCCUCAAGAUUGCAUCUGUGUACAAGGAAGAUAAUAAUGAAGUUAAGAAUGCAGUGUUGGACAGCAUCGACGCCCUUCUGAAAAAAGCUUUUGCCACUCCGUCCUUCCAAGGCUACAGCUUUGUAUCAUCUCUGUUAGUGCUGCUCGGACUUCUCAAGAGUGAGGACAAGGUGAAGCCUGUGCUCGUGGUUCCCGGCCACCUCCACGCCUUGGAGCACGUCGUUCGACAGGACUACUUCCCCAAAGACAACGUGGCCGUGCUGCAGGCCUUCAUGUCCCGGUAAGGACGUGACAGAAUGAGCCAAUCAGCAGGCAGCUUCCAGAAACAUCAAGGCUCUGGAGUCAUGUGGCAAUGCCAGAAACAGCCUCCAGUCAACAUUGCAGAGAGUCGGGUCUGAGAGGACUCUGGACACAUAAACACACACACACACACACACACACACACACACAAACAAACACAGACUGAUCACUAAUGGACCUUGG